CACAAUAUUCCUCUCAGUGGGGCUUCAACAUACUUUCAAAGACUAAGCGGAGGAUAUCUGAGAGGAAGUUGAGUUUCUCCUUUUAAUACCUUCUUAUAUCAAUUUGGAUGCCUUAUCCCAUCUUUUAACCACUAAGCCUGAUGCAAAUUAUUUUUCACAGGCAGGUCAGAUUUAGAUCUGGUGUUAAAAAUGGAACGGAUACAAGGUUGGGCUGCUGAAGACACGGAAACACCCUCACCUGUAAAGAGAGAGAGGUAUUGAGUUACCACAAAUGUGGACUUGUACAGAGAUUAGAGAACUGUGACAAUCUAUUUUUUUUAAUUGUCACUUUUGAGGUCACAACUGUACAAAACCUUUUAUAAUCUCUGUACAUAUUGCAGACUGAUCUUGUCUGUAUACGUGUCAGCCUUUUUUCCGCUCUGUUUUUCUUUCUUUUUUUACCACAUUAAGAAAUGUAGGUGUGUCAUCAGUGGGUGGUACAGUUGUUUUUUCAGAUCCACAAAGUAGACCUUGUUUACACCCCAAUGGCACAUGGAAAUCUUGAAAAAAAAAAAAGUUUUUGGUCUGUAAACAGGGUUGAACAAGUCACGCCUACAGAUGUAAAAUUACCUGCCGUGGUGUCAGUUCCUGCUCAGACACCCAGCCUCAGUAAGCUGCUCAAACUGAGGAGGAUUACCAAGUUGCCUCUUUUACUGGCAGUUUUAUCACUAUUAUUUAUUUAUUUUUGAUAUUACGAAAAAAAAUAACAACUUGUAUUUGGAGAGUCUUCACAUGGAUUCAGUUUUGUGGAUUGAAAGUGGAAUGUAGAGUACAUCAUCAUGGGAUCAAAUAAAGGAUUUAUGAUUGUCAUUUUCCUGAUGGGAGUCAUGGUUUUUAUCACUUUGACAACUCACGGAUGGGAUUUUUACCAGCAAACUAUGGCACUGAGAUCUACAAAACGGCAACGUUUAAGGAAGGAUCUUCUUAGAAAAUACUGUAAAGGUGGGAACCAAAGUUUGGACGACUUAAAGGACACAAACUUGACAAAUUUUAUCGUGGAUGACAAACACGGAAUCGUCUACUGCUACAUUCCAAAGGUGGCCUGUACCAACUGGAAGAGAACCUUGAUCGCUUUAAACUACAGUGAACCAUAUCCUGACCCCAUGGUGUUUGAGCAUAACUGGGUUCACCAAUUUGAAAGAUUCCAGUACCUCAAUGAUUUUCCAAAGGCAGAGAGAAAGGCAAAACUACAGCACUACACCAAGUUCCUGUUUGUCCGUGAUCCAUUUGUCCGCCUCAUCUCCGCCUAUAGGGACAAAAUUCAGCAAUAUGACCAGUAUUUUUAUGAAGGAUACGUGAGAGUUAUCUUGGAAUUUUACAAAAAUCAAACUAAUCUGACUUACAGUCAUAAGGUGGCCAAGAAAAAGGGUCUCCAACCCUCUUUUUAUAACUUCAUUCAGUACCUACUGGAUCCACAAGCAGAGAAAAAAGAGCCCUUUGAGCCCCACUGGAGGCAGAUGUUUCGCCUGUGCCACCCCUGCCUCGUUGAAUAUGACUUUGUCGGCCAUCAAGAGACUCUUCAAGAAGAUGCUCAGGAGCUGCUGAAGAUGUUAAAGCUGGAAGAUGAAAUCCAGUUUCCUCCUUCCUAUGAAAAUAUGACUUCUCAUAACUCUGUUAAGGACUGGUUUCAAAGUGUACCACUGGAAGACAGGAGGAAGCUGUACAAAAUGUAUGAAAAGGACUUUCAACUUUUUGGCUACAGAAGACCAACCGAACUGCUGGAUGAAUGAUCUGACGCUACCGGUACUCAUUCACCUUAAUAUCGAAACCGCCUCCAAGUAUUUGGUUAGUGACCUAUAAACACUCAAUAAUGGUAUUUUGUAGGCAUCGGAAUUCACUAACUGUUUCUUUCUACUGUAAAAAACCCAAUAGAUACCAAACAAACUUACUAGUGUUGCUAUAAUCAAUAACUGCGGCUGAGCAUUCACUUGAAUUUAAACCUUCAUUUUUUUAUAAGCUGGUUGCAACAUUCUGAUCUGCUGUUGCAUCAACAUUUCACACACUCACACUAGGUUUUCUUUUUUUAACAAGAACACCAUCUAAACUUAUGCCACAUUCUGAAAGAGGAAAUUAACAUCCAUCAUAAUAAAUGUGAAUAUUUAUGUCUGGUGACAUUUUACUUACAAAAUGUCUACAA